AUGAAUAAAUUAGUCCAACAAGUCUCAUCUAAAUAUCAUUUACCACUUGCUGCAACUAUGGAUUUUAUGUCUUGUGAAAUUAGUUUUAAUUCUGAUACUGAAGAAAAGAAAAAUGUUCAUGAUCAUUCAUUAGAGAUCUCAAAUAAUCAAAAUCAAUUUUCAGCUGUUGAUGAUGAAAUGGUUGAUAUUCGUGAAACAAAUCAUGCAAAUACAAUGCAUCAACAAUAG